CGCCUUUCAUUGCUCAUAUGCUCUCCGCCAGGAGCUCAUGCUGUUACCGGAUAUAGACGACGAAGCUGCUGUUUUUCGCUUCAUUUACUUGGGUUUUUUUUUUUUUUUUUUUUUUAAACCCAUUUCACGAAUGGCUGGAAUGGCCGCAUAUUAAAACUUUUUUUAAAAACAGCAGGAAAAAAAAUCUAUAAUCGAUAGAAAAACUUUAAAGAAAGGGGGCCUGUUGCUGCUGUGAGAUAGUGUGUUAGUCGGUUAGUGGCAUGAAACGCUCAUUCCUCUGGUUUCACAAAGGAGCGGUGGUUUCCUCAGGUGUCAGCAGGCUGUCCUCGGAGUCCGGUCACAUCACCGAGCACCGGGCUUUGUAGCCUUUAAAAAAUCCUCGGGGGGAAGGCGGGAGGGGGAAACCCAGAGAGGGAGAGAGAGAGAGAGAGAGAGAGAGGGAGAGAGAGAGAGGCCACCGCCACCAUGGCAAGCGACGACUGCAGGAAAGAUGAUUUGCUGGAGGAUAACCGCACAGACUCGGGCAUUGACUCGUACCGCUCCAUACUGAAGCCGGAGGAGCCCCGGGAGCCGAGCAGCGACUUCACCGGGCCGAGGGACAAGUUUUCCACCGUGGAGGAGCGCCUGGACUCAGCCUACGGCUCCUCGUCCAUCACGGUGGAGAGUCUGACAGAUAUAGUCGGGGACUGCACGAUUUCCAACGCCAAUGAGGAGCAAGAACACAUCUCUGAACUCUCUGAACAGGAGGAGAACUUGCUCACGACUAUUACUGAAGAUGGAGACACAAUCCUGCACUUAGCAAUCAUCCAUGAAGAAGAGUUCAUUGCUCAACAGUUAAUACAGCUAUUCCCAAGAGAAGUCCUGGACAUCCAAAACAAUUUAUACCAGAGCCCCUUGCAUCUGGCCACCUACCUAAACCUUACAGAUGUUGUGAAGGGUUUGUUGGAGAAAGGGGCGGGCCUGGAGCUGCAGGACCAGGACGGGAACACAGCGCUCCAUGUGGCCUGCCAGCAUGGGCAGACAGAGUGCGCCAACGAGAUGACCUGUGGGUUUUCCCCUAGCAAGUUGGCGCCGGUCCUGGAGACCCAGAAUUGGAGAGGUCUUGCCUGUCUUCACUUGGCUGCACUGAACAGGCAACAUCAGAUUAUGAACCUCCUGACGGAAAAGGGAGCAGACUUGAAUAUCCAGGAAGGAACGAGUGGCAAAACAGCUCUUCAUCUCGCCGUUGAGCUGCACGACAUCACGUCAGUGAAGCUGCUGCUCAACAGGGGAGCCAAUGUGGACGCUGCCAUGUUUAAUGGCUGCACACCUCUGCAUCUCGCCGUGGGCAGACAGGACGCAGACAUUGCCAACCUCCUCUGCCAGUCUGGCGCUGACACAAUGCUGCGAAACAUGGAGGACGAAACGGCGCUGGAUCUGGCUGACGGCAAUGAUGAUAUUCUGGCUCUAUUUCCUUUUGACGACAUCCAGAUUUCUGGGAGGUCGGUGGUCAGUGUGAAGUUUUGAGCUGAGUCAUAGGCUGAACAACAAUCUUAACAUUGUCUGGAGCCUCAGUGCGGAUGGAACCUUUUUUGAUAAAAAAAAAAAAAAAAUGUAUUUGAGCUGACGUUUUGUAGUAAGUUCUGAUUUGAUCUGUAUUUAGCCAUUGUCUAGUCAAAUAUGCGCACGAGAUAAAUCUGAGUGAUUCUGCUUAACUGAACACUGAUAAAUCUAUUGGCUCAGUUACUUUGCUUCCUUUCGCAUGCCUCCCUGGAGGGGUUGCAACAAAAAGCCACCUCAAUGUAAGUGCCAAGCUUUCUGUCAACAUUUUCAACGUCCAUAAGAAAUUCUACCUCUUGAUGACAUUAACCUAAUUUUAAUGGCUAAGAAUGGAACAUUCAGAUCGCAUUGUUUCAUGAUUUUUCAAACUUUAGCAGUGCUACCAUUGCAUUUGUAUCAUAACAUGUUUAUAUCUCUGAAAAUGUGGCCUUUCAUUGUGCAGAAAGAACUCGAUCCGAGGCUAAAUUAAUCUUCCAUUUACUAACAGUGUGCUGCCAAAAAAGGCCUGCAAACUUAUGAAGACAAACUAGUCACCCCCUCGCUAUUUGUUAAGAAACCAGUUGCCCACAUAGAUAUGUAAUAUGUAACGCACAGUGCAGCUUCACCUUUUAGAUUUUCUGGGUUUGCUUCUUCAUAUUGUGAAACAGUUUUCUCUAUUUAUCUCAUCUUUAAUCUGCAAUAAACUGUUAAUGUUCUUUGAGGUGUAAUAACACUGCUGAUUCUAGUUAAUAUAAGCAGUUCAUUUAUUUUGUAAUAAAAUAAAAACAAAAAAACUCAA